GAUCGCGGCGACCAGUCGUGCGGGAGCCUUGCACACGGGCGACUUUUAGCCGCGCGUCCGAGCGACUGUCGGUCAGUAUCUGGUUGUAUGUGCUGGCGAGGAAGAUGGCGUUCGAUUGUGACCGUUUUAUAAUCGAAAUAGAAUCAAGGCCAGCUAUUUGGGAUUCCAGAUGUGAUGAGUAUGCUAACAAAUGCAAAAAGGGAAAGGCAUGGGAAGAGGUGUGCGAUAUGUUCGUUGAGAACUUCAAAGCCAUGGAUAGCGUCCAUAAAAAUAAAGCAGCUGCAGAUCUGCAACGGAAAUGGAAGAAUCUACGUGACUGUUUCAGAAGAGAACUGGCUAAACAGAGGAAUUGUAAAUCAGGUUCUGCAGCAGAUGGCAGGAAACAAUAUAUAUAUUUCCAGCAGUUAACUUUCCUAUUGCCAGUAUGCGACACCAAACCUACAACAGAAGAAUCUCCAGACUUGCACACGCAAGCCACACCCGCAGCAGCUACAUCUACGGCACCUACUUCUCUUAAAAGAAAAAAACCGUCACCAGAAACAGAAGAACUUGAGCUACUUCAGUCGCUUAGAAGAAAUAUGGAAAAACGACAUGCAGGUAGAGAAGAAGAAGACAGUGACAGGCAUUUCUUGUUGAGUCUUUUGCCGUACUUCAAACGUCUGCCAGACGAUAUGAAACUUGAAGUUCAAAGCGACUUUUUAAACACCUUAAGAAGGUACAAUCAGGUGUCAAUUUCUGGUCAUCGAUGUCCUUCUCAGACUUCUGUCUACCCUCAUUCUUCUCCAUCAGUGAUCACAGGCCCAUCAUUUGUUUCGCUUCCAUACCCUAGUAGUAAUACAAGUACCUCUGGAGUACGCAACCAACAAUUUACACCCACCAUCAGUCAGUCUUACAACUACGGGUCUCAUUCAACUUCAGAAACAUCGCAGUUAAUGAGUCAACCCCAGCAGCCGCUGCAAUGCCACGCCUUAUCACCAAUGUCACCAGCAGCUUCCUCAUCAGUAUCUCUCCAGUCUGAUACGUCAAGUAUUUGUGAAGACUAUUUUAACUGAUACCUAAUAAAUUAUAAGACAUGUGACCUUCAUGGAAAGAGCAGUUUCAGUGAAUAACAAAUAAAUAUGUUAUCUAACAAUUUUCUUCUAAAUUUAUGAAAGAAUUUAUUUUCGUGUGCAAAACGAUAAACAUUUAUGUGUUGGAUCUUUGAGACAAUAUCGUGUCACGUAAUAAUAAAUGUUACUUAUUUGGGGUAUGUUCAGAAAA